AGCUGAGAAGACCAUUACACCUGUGCGUGCGAGAAAAUUUGGCGCGAAGCCCGGCCGUAUUUACAUCCAGCUCAUUUGCAUAACGGUGACGCAGUCAGUUCGAGGUUCGGUGUAGUAGAAUCGGUCACGAGACUGACGAUAAAGGACGCGCGAGGAAGAUUCUCUCUAUAUUCACGCCAAAAUUCAGCCGAAAAGAAGCUCGAUAUUCCAAAGCUACCUCUAGCAGCUUGUCAGAAAACACUUACGGAACAAGUUUGAACGAGCCUGCAGGACCGGACUGCUGACAUGAGCGUCACUGCAGACAACCACACACCAACGCACGGCAACCACGCAGCCAAGGGAGCCAACGGAGCCAUGAACGGGGUACUCAGAGAAAAUGGAGGGGUGUCCGCUGCUGACGUCAACAUAUCACUAUCAAAGAAAGGCAUGACCCCAGCGGGGUUGGUACCAGCUGACAGCCUGAUGACGUGGCAGGCGGAUGGAGCUGUGCAGCUGCGCAUGAGCGAGACAGGUGCGCUCUCUCGCCCACCUGAGACUGUCCACGCCAUGUUCACCAGGGCUGUGAAGAACUACCCAAACCAGGUCGCCAUGGGGGUAAAGAGAAACGAGGUGUGGGUGAAGUGGACGUACCAACAGUACUACGACGAUGCCUGCAGGGCCGCCAAAAGUUUCAUCAAGCUUGGUCUGGAGAGGUUCCAUGGAGUCGGCAUCAUCGGCUUCAACUCACCAGAGUGGUUCAUUGGUCAUGUCGGAGCCAUCUUAGCAGGUGGUUUUGGUGUUGGCAUCUACACAACAAACAACGCCGAGGCAUGUCGCUACGUGGCCGACAGCUGCGAGGCAAAUGUCAUCGUUGUGGAGAACAACGUUCAGCUCCAGAAGAUCCUCAAGAUUUGGGACAAGCUGCCCCACCUGAAGGCUGUAGUGCAGUACACAGGAGCGCUGGAGCAGAAACGCCCCAACCUCUACACGUGGGAGGAGUUUAUGCAGCUGGGCUCUGAUGUGGCGGAUAAGGUUCUGGAGGAUCGCAUCUCUGCCCAGGUGCCCAACCAGUGCUGUAUACUCAUCUACACAUCAGGCACCACCGGAAACCCCAAGGGAGCCAUGCUCAGUCACGAUAAUAUCACGUGGACAGCUCACUACGCCUCAGAGUACGCCUCUCUGCGGAUGGGGAAGGAGAUCAGCGUUAGCUACCUCCCCCUCAGCCACGUGGCGGGUCAGAUGCUAGACAUCUUUGCCCCCAUGUGCAAUGCCGGCAGCACAUACUUUGCACAACCUGACGCCCUGAAGGGUACCCUUGUAGCGACGCUGAAGGAGGUACGCCCCACCGCCCUGCUGGGGGUCCCCAGAGUCUGGGAGAAGAUUGCUGAGAAGCUCCAGGCCAUCGGCAGGGAGAGCCGCGGCAUGAAAAAGAAACUGGCCACCUGGGCCAAAGGUGUCGGCCUCGCCGGCAACAUGAACAUCAUGAAAGGACAAUCGCCCCCCUGGGGCUGGACGGUCGCCAACGCGGUGGUGUUCAGGACCAUCCGCAAGGCACUGGGGCUGGACAGGUGCCGCCUGCAGUACUCGGGAGCCGCGCCCAUCGCCAUGGAGACGCUCCAGUACUUCAUGAGCAUCAACGUUCCGCUGUACGAGCUCUACGGGAUGAGCGAGAGCACAGGUCCCCACACCAUGUCUCUACCCCACCACUUCCGCGUGGGCAGCUGCGGCUCCGAGUUCCCGGGUGUCACCACCGUCAUCAAGAACGCUGACGACGAGGGGAUCGGAGAGGUGUGUUUCUACGGGCGCCACGUGUUCAUGGGUUACCUGAAGAUGGAGGAUAAGACUCGGGAGGCUCUGGAUGAGGAGGGGCUGCUGCACUCCGGAGACCUCGGCAAGAAGGACCAGGAAGGAUUCCUCUACAUCACUGGCAGGAUCAAAGAGCUGAUCAUCACGGCAGGAGGAGAAAACAUCCCCCCGGUCCUCAUCGAGGACACAGUGAAGGAGGAGCUGCCCAUCAUCAGCAACGCCAUGCUCAUCGGGGACAAGAGGAAGUUCCUCUCCUGUCUGCUCACGCCAAAGGUUGAGAUGGAUGCGGAAACGGGAGCCCCGACAGACGACCUGACCCAGCAGGCCAUCGACUUCUGCCGGAAGGUGGGCAGCCAGGCCACCAAGGCCUCCGAGAUCGCCGAGGGGCGAGACACCAUCAUCACCGAGGCCAUCCAGGCUGGCAUCACCAGAGCGAACAAGAGAGCCGCGUCCCGAGCACAGAACAUCCAGAAAUGGCUACUCCUGCAGCAAGACUUCUCCAUCCCGGGGGGAGAACUGGGCCCGACAUUGAAGCUGCGUCGUCCGAUCGUCAACAAGAUGUAUGCAGAGACGAUCGACAAGUUCUACUCCGAGCCGGCCCCCACCCCCGGAACCACGCCCAUGGAAGAGACCAAGCACCGCUAGCAACGGGGGGGAGGGAUCGAGUACUUCACCGGAAGAAAUGUAAUCUUCAAAACAUUUUAGAAAAUGAAAAAUUAGAUGGUGAGACGAUGUCAUCUUACUUGGAGUUUCGGCAGGCUAGGAGAUAACCGUGGAUACGUUAGUAGUACAUCUGUGACCAAAGCUAGAUGCAGCGAAAACAAAUCAUUUGAUGCUCUUUCUCAGGGUUCGACCAGACAUAGACCUUGUGAUAGUCAGUCGUGCAAGCUUGAAACUCCAGGUAAUAUAUAUGAUAUUAGUAUCCCCAUGGUACAGUCAAACCUGCCUAAGAAGACCACUCAGGGGUCCGAUAUAAAAUCUUGUCUAUGUGGACAGGUGGUCACUCUAAAAAGUACAGAUAGGGUUCUUAAUGCUUGUGUCAAUGGAGACCACCAAAAAUUGUUGACAUUGGCCAAGUGGUCCUUAUAUACAGGGGUGGUCACUUGUACAGGUUUGACUGUAGAUUCAUGAGUAUCUCAGCAUUGGUACUUUGAGACUGGGAAGUGCCUGAAGUCGCAAAGAUUUUACCGUAAACGUCAUCGGACUCAGUCUCAAGAUAUCUCAGCUGGGAACGCAGGUUGUAGACAGGGAACCAAUUUAACUAUCUGACAAAUUUCAGGGUGUCAGCUUAUGAUGCUGUUAUGCAGUUUAGGCUGGAAUAAUAAGCUGUUUCAUGGUUUGGACCGCUCAUGCGCAGUGUGGUGCAUUGUGUCAAAGUUGAAGGCCCCUGAGACAUAAACAAAACAUGCAGAGUAACUCUUAUCUUACGUAUCCUAUUACCUGCAUGUGUAACCUUCGUCAACACAUCUGGAUAUUUAUGAAUGUUUCAAACAUGGUCUCAACAAGAACUGUUAACAAGUUGUAGCCUUCACCUCUGACCUCAUGCAUGCACAGUCCAACCCGGGAACUGGCUUAUUACUGCAGUGCAAAACUGUUACAUGUUGGCUGUUAAGGCUGAAAUUAACUACUGUUUAGAAAUGAAGUAUAAACUUAAACGGAACUUUGGAAUUAGCCAAAAAUUCCUUUAGUGUUGGUUAUAUGUAUAGUUAAGCCUUCAUUCAUAAUGUUGUUUACCUGCACAAAAGAACUGUUAGGUAUGUACAUGUACAAAUUUGUGGUAAAGCAACAGUUAGAUGUAAUGAUACCUUUCAUGGGUGACUGUUGUACAAACUAGGUGGGGAGGGUGGUGGUUGCUGUGCUAAUCUAUAACAUUUACCCACCCAAGGCACUGCAGUGGCCCUAGGGCUUGAGCUGUACAUGCUUAAUUAGCUAAUAACUACAUUCUUUAUACACAUCAAAUUUCAACCAACGCUUCAGUGACCGUCUGUCACCUUCCACAGGACAAUUUAGAUGGUCACUGAAACGUCGGUUGAAGAAAAGACUUGGCUGGGUGCAAAGAAUUUUCUUGUUCAGUGACUUACCAACUGGAUGUUUAAUUAGCACAAGACUGGUGGAGAGAUAUCUCUGGUUAUAAAGGCCUUGGGUAGAAACAAAUGAAGCUGAGUUGAUACAUAUAUGUUAGGCCCCCAUUCCACUAGAUGGUGAUUGAACUGUGAUAUCUCUGUGACAGUGCAACCUAACUUGGAUUCAGAAUUGGAUUGUCAUGUAAAAUGUAAAAAAAAAGUAUGACAGAAAAGACAACGAAACACAAAAAGGGUAAAAGAUUUGUUUUUUUUUAUCAAUGAAAUCCAUUGAGCGCUCUAUCAAAUCAGUAAGGUUGCAGUCCAAGUAGAAUGGGGACUUAUUCAGUACACUAAGGUGUGCUCUCUUGUACAAAAUAAGCAUGUGUAUGUGAGGAAUAAGCUGGAUAUGCAGGCAAUGUGUUACUGGCAUGUUGUACAGUUAGCAACAAAAUUACUUCUACCCCUCAUAUCUUUUCAUAGAUAUUUAUCAUGUGAAGAGUUGUUUUGUACUUCUUCGAACAAGUCAGAAACAUAAAAGUAAAUCACACAUUUGCAGAAUAUCUUGGUCCAGGAGGACUUUACCCAUGCUUUUUCAAAAGCAUUACGUCCAGAAUUUCAGAAAUGGUACCAAUUCCACUCCACUACAUUUCAUUCUUGAAAAAUAACAAAUUGAUAAGGGGUGUGAAUAAUUUUGGGGUGUGAGUUUUGUUGUUAGCUGUACAUGUCAUGAUCAGAUGUUGCUGCUUGGCACUCCUAUGCAGUUGUCUUAGAGCCUGCGGCAGCCUUCUUUGUAAUUAAUUACUCUUGAAUCAGACAAUCUGACAGACUAUUUAUGGUUGUACAAAAUGUAUUGAGCUGAUUUCGUACUGAUGAUGGCAAGACUAUGUAUAAUAUUAUGUUACGUACAAUAUAACUACUGUAGAUAACUGGAUGAAAUGCGCUAUUUGGGACGAUCUGUGCCUUGACUCGCGACAGGCACGCCUCCUUUUUGUAGAUUGCCCAGCUGUACACGUCUAAGACCCUGAUGUUUUUCAUUCCUGGAUCUGUCUGGCAUUCUUCUAGCAUCACAAAUGAGAUAGAAUGUACUGAUCUUGUCCAGAUCUUAGAUAGUUGACUUGAUUGCGCUAUACCUUGUAGCGCAGAUUGCAAUGUUCGAACUAACAACUUACUCCUGGUGGGAACAAAAUCGUAACCCAGAGUCUAUCGUACGUAAUAUGGUGUAUUCUACACGCAGUAGUUAACAGCACAAGACCAUAGUCAUCUUUGCAAUACCACAUCUGAAAAUAUGGCUUUGAAUAUAUUUUUCAUAGUUGCGACAUUAUGUAAAGUCUCAAUUAUAUAAUUGUUCUUCUUGUUAUACAUGUGAUUGGACUAGGUUAAAUAAGUUUUCACUCAAAGUGUUACAUUAGGAUACAAUGGUCAUAAAAGUCUGUCACUCUCUCAAUAUUUAUAUAUAUCUAAAUAUCUAUAUAUACACGACUUGGCUAGUGUGUGGCAAAAUGUAGCCAUCAAUGGUUUGUGUACAGACUGAGAAAUGUAGCAAUAACUGAGUUGCAAAAUUCCACAAUAUUUACAGGGUUUGUGCAAUGUGUGAAGUUUGGCUGGCUUUGGGUGUGUGGUAGGGCAGCCUUACUGUACCUGCAAAUAUUUUGUUUGAUCUGUGAGACUUUGCUUUAUUAAAGUAUACAGAGCUC